CCAAACUUACAUGCAUAUCCCUGCUUGGUGUCACUGCUCAAAGGGCGUUUACGUGUGGCCAACAAAAAUGACUGCUCAAUUCACGGUGCAGAGAGCUUUCUAAGAAAUAGAGUUUUUGAAGAAUGUAAUCUAACCAUGAAGAGAAAAUGA